UUCGGUACCGACUCAACAGCGCUGCAUUUCCAUACGAUACCUGCAUCUAGGUUGCUGUCAGCCUUUGUAGCCAUUCUAAAAAGGCAUAAAUACAGGCUGAUUCUCUGAAGUUCCCUGUCCCUUCAUCUCACCUCACUUUCCAGCGCUCUCUGUCAAGCAACUGCUACCAUUGAUUGCUGAGCACCUUCCAACCACAUAAAUCACGCUUCUCAAACUUCAAUGUUCAUCCCCUCUUCUCCAACCGCACAUCAGCUCGGAACCAGCUUGUCGGACAGCGCCCUUCAAGGCAUCAUGGCGAACCCGGCUCCUAUCGUCAGCUCUUUGAGCACAGAUUCUCUCGAGCAGCUUGGUGAGGUGGUCGCGUUGAAAGCGACACCCGAAAUGCCGUAUUGGUUCCCAGUCGGGCUUUUCACCUUGCUGGUGACCCUCUACGUCAUCGGCCAGCUCCUCCAAAACCGCAUCUUGGCUUGGCUCAUCGGCGCGCAGAAGUGGCGUGCGAUGAAGGCUGAGCACAGAAGAACGAUGGUGAUCUAUGUCCUGCAAACCCUCAUCACCACGAUCGUCCUCAUCAUGCAAUGCUUCUGCUUGCCCCUUCUCGGACUGGCAUUCACUGAACGACGCACAGAGCUCAUGCGCGCUUCCGCGACGCUCAUUGGUGGGCUGUACGUGUUCGAGCUCAUCUGGAGAUCCACCAUGCGUCCUACCAUGAUCGCCCACCACAUCAUUACCCUCUUCGUCAUGAGUCUCGCCAUCGUCCUACUUUCAAAGCUGAGCGACCCAUCCUUCGUCCUCACUGGUCUACUGUGGCUUUUCCAGGCCACGACCGAGCAAACCACGUUCGUCGCCCUCUUCAUGUACCGUCUGCAAAUCUCCCCCCGGAUUCUGCGCCCAAUGUUCCGCAUUGCUUCGGUGCAAUCCCUCGUUUUCAAGAUGGCCUCCAUCGCUGGAACCAUCUUCGUGUGGGUCAAGUGGCAGCUGCACGGCGAAGGUGACCUCUACACUGCCUACUCCGUCAUCUUCUGGAUCGCCACCAUUGGUCUCGCCGUCACCCAGAUCUGGGGCUCUUGGGUCGUUUGGAUCAUGGGCGACACGCUGGAGAAGCGUUACAUCAAGAAUUCACACAAGAGCGCGAGGAGCACUCUCACCUCGGCCAACGCCUCUCAGCUCGACCUCGAGGCGCAGCUCUCGCAAACUGGUAGGAGUACUCCCACCAAUGCAGCGACCGAGGAUGGCAAGUAUACACCGGUGUAUGAGAAGAGAGUGAGCAGCCUUGGCAGACUUCCCAACUUGGACCUGCAGCUAUCUGAGUGCCUCGACACCCAAGCUCGACCAAGCAAAUCUGCGUAGUUCUGCGAGCAAAAGCAUGCCGCCCCUGUCACGUCCUCGCCCAUCCUUGAUCACCCACCAUACCGUCCUGUCACGAAACGCUGCAUAUAUAGAGAUCAUGUCACCUUCACUUUGUCACGCA